AUGUCUUGGUGCACGAUUGAGUCCGACCCAGGGGUGUUUACAGAACUUAUUCAGCAGAUGCAAGUAAAAGGCGUGCAGGUUGAGGAGUUGUAUUCAUUGGACCUUGAUUCUCUGAACAAUCUGAGGCCGGUGUACGGUUUGAUUUUCCUAUUCAAAUGGCGUCCAGGGGAAAGGGAUGAUCGCCUUGUAAUUAAGGAUCCAAAUCCUAAUUUGUUUUUUGCAAGCCAGGUUAUUAAUAAUGCUUGUGCCACCCAAGCAAUCUUGUCUAUCCUCAUGAACUGUCCAGAUGUUGACAUUGGUCCUGAACUGUCAAAACUGAAAGAGUUUACAAAGAAUUUUCCACCUGAACUGAAAGGGCUGGCAAUAAAUAACAGCGACGCUAUCCGUGCAGCCCAUAAUAGUUUUGCAAGGCCUGAGCCGUUUAUUCCUGAGGAGCAGAAGGUAGCUGAAAAAGAUGACGAUGUCUACCAUUUUAUAAGCUACUUGCCUGUUGAUGGGGUCCUGUAUGAGCUUGAUGGAUUGAAGGAGGGGCCGAUUAGCCUUGGACAGUGCCCUGGUGGGCAAGGUGACAUGGAAUGGCUGCAGAUGGUACAACCUGUAAUCCAGGAGCGCAUUGAAAGGUAUUCCAAAAGUGAGAUAAGAUUCAAUCUCUUGGCCAUAAUAAAGAACAGGAAAGAGAUGUAUACUGCUGAACUUAAGGAACUCCAAAAGAAGAGGGAGCGUAUUUUGCAGCAGCUGUCUGCCAUACAAUCAGAGAGACCGGCCGACAGUAGCAAAUUUGAAGCGCUGAACAAAGGUCUUUCAGAAAUUAAUGCUGGGAUCGAGGGCGCUACCGAGAAGAUCUUGAUGGAAGAAGAAAAAUUUAAGAAGUGGAGGACAGAAAAUAUUCGCCGGAAGCACAACUACAUACCCUUUUUGUUUAACUUCCUCAAGAUUCUUGCUGAGAAGAAGCAGCUGAAGCCUCUUAUUGAGAAGGCAAAGCAAAAAUCUGGCAACCCUAGAUGA